AUGACCACCCAAAGCUCCUCGGAGCCACCAGGGGCAACCACAGCAUCACCCACAGCACGCACGUCACCACCAGACACCAUCACGACGGACGGCCUGAACGAGAUCAAGCCCGAACCGCUGAGCGGGCCCGGGCCCGACUCCUUCGAUAAGCUCGCUCUCGUCGCCUCACCGACUGCUCUGUCCGACAACGGCAACCCUCUGCAUGAUGACGCUGAGAAUAAGGACGACGACGACGACGAGGAUGAGACCGCGCCUCAAGACCGGUUGUUCGAGGACGCGUUGGAGCGGCAUUUGAAUCAUCUGCUCAUGUUUGCGGCGGCUGUGCAGGGCGUGCAGGAGGAGAAUCAGAAUGAUCUGUGGUUGACGGGUGCCUUAAAUCAGCUGGCCGACGGACUAGGAGAGCUGGCUGGACUGUCGGAAUCAAUCGGGCAUGAGCUACCAUGGGCACUGACCGAACAAACGGACGCAGGCGGCAACCCAAUCGACACAAUGCACGAAUGGGCCAAAGCCCUCCUCGACAAGAACGCUAACAUUGCUGGACGACUGCAAGGCAUCGGGGCAUUGAGGGACGAGCUGCGCAAGAUGCAGCAAGACGCGGACGUGGGUGCUCCAACGGCUGUGAACGCGAUGCCCGUGGGGAUAGCUAACGGCGAUACGACUGAUCGGCAUGACGGAUGA